AACAGUGUUGUAUACAAAGAGCAUCCAAGUUUUGAAGAGCCUUAAAGAAGGACUGUAAAUACUGGCAUUAAUUUGAAGUCUAAAGGUACGUGAGGCAUUAAAAGCGUUUUCUGACUGGGCUCCAUAACUGGCCCCCUUCGUGUGGAAGGAUGGCCGCUCGCUGGAUGUUCUGUUACCUUUGGCUUUUGGAUGUUUUGGUUGGGCACACAAGGGGGCACAGCUUAUUUUCGUGCGAGCCGAUCAUCUUGCGGAUGUGCCAGGAUCUGCCUUACAACACCACCUUUAUGCCUAACCUCCUGAACCAUUACGACCAGCAAACAGCUGCAUUAGCAAUGGAGCCCUUUCAUCCGAUGGUGAAUUUGGAAUGCUCCAGGGAUUUCCGACCGUUCCUGUGUGCCCUCUACGCUCCGGUGUGCAUGGAGUAUGGCCGUGUCACCCUCCCGUGUCGCAGGCUGUGUCAGAGGGCCUACAGCGAGUGCUCCAAACUCAUGGAGAUGUUCGGGGUCUCUUGGCCUGAGGAUAUGGAGUGCACCAGAUUCCCCGAUUGCGAUGAGCCGUAUCCUCGCCUUGUUGACCUCAAUCUAGCCGGGGAACCCACCGAAGACGCCCCAAUGGCAGUACAGAGGGAUUAUGGUUUUUGGUGUCCUCGGGAGCUGAAAAUAGACCCUGAUCUCGGUUACUCUUUCCUGAGGGUACGAGACUGUUCCCCUCCUUGCCCAAAUAUGUACUUUCGUCGUGAAGAGCUCUCCUUUGCUCGCUAUUUCAUCGGAGUGAUCUCCAUCGUCUGCCUUUCUGCUACCUUGUUUACUUUUUUAACUUUCCUCAUUGAUGUCACCAGAUUCCGCUAUCCAGAGAGACCCAUAAUAUUUUACGCCGUCUGUUACAUGAUGGUGUCGCUCAUUUUCUUCAUUGGCUUUCUGCUUGAAGACCGAGUCGCGUGUAACGCCUCCAGCCCUGCCCAGUACAAGGCCUCCACGGUGACGCAGGGCUCGCACAACAAGGCUUGCACCAUGCUCUUCAUGGUGCUCUAUUUCUUUACCAUGGCCGGCAGCGUUUGGUGGGUCAUUCUAACCAUCACGUGGUUCUUGGCCGCCGUGCCAAAGUGGGGCAGCGAAGCGAUCGAGAAGAAAGCCUUGCUCUUCCACGCCAGUGCCUGGGGCAUUCCGGGAACUCUCACCAUCAUCCUCUUAGCAAUGAAUAAAAUUGAAGGUGACAAUAUUAGCGGCGUAUGUUUUGUUGGCCUCUAUGAUGUGGAUGCAUUGAGAUACUUUGUUCUUGCUCCCCUCUGCCUGUACGUGGUGGUCGGAGUUGCCCUUCUGCUCGCUGGCAUUAUCUCCCUGAAUCGCGUUCGCAUUGAGAUCCCGUUAGAAAAAGAGAACCAGGACAAGCUAGUGAAGUUCAUGAUCCGGAUUGGCGUGUUCAGUGUGCUCUACCUCGUGCCGCUCCUGGUUGUAAUUGGCUGCUAUUUCUAUGAGCAGGCGUAUCGAGGCGUGUGGGAGACCACGUGGAUCCAGGAACGCUGCAGGGAAUAUCACAUCCCGUGCCCCUAUCAGGUCACUCAGAUGAGUCGCCCGGAUUUGAUCCUCUUUCUCAUGAAGUAUCUCAUGGCUCUGGUCGUCGGGAUCCCCUCCGUGUUCUGGGUUGGAAGCAAGAAGACCUGUUUCGAGUGGGCCAGCUUCUUCCACGGGCGCAGGAAAAAAGAGGUCGUCAACGAGAGCCGGCAGGUGCUGCAGGAGCCGGACUUCGCGCAGUCGCUGCUGCGGGACCCCAACACGCCCAUCAUCCGCAAGUCGCGGGGCACGUCCACGCAGGGCACGUCCACGCACGCGUCCUCCACGCAGCUCGCUGUGCUGGACGAGCAGCGCAGCAAGGCGGGCAGCGUGCACAGCAAAGUGAGCAGCUACCACGGCAGCCUGCACCGCUCGCGCGACGGCCGCUACACGCCGUGCAGCUACCGCGGCGCCGAGGAGCGCCCGCACGGCAGCCUGUCCCGCCUCACCGACCACUCCCGCCACAGCAGCUGCCACCGCCUCAACGAGCAGUCGCGGCACGGCAGCGCCCGCGAGCUGAGCGCCAACCCGCUGACCCACAUCACGCACGGCACCAGCAUGAACCGCGUCAUCGAGGAGGACGGCACCAGCGCCUGA